AUUGAUAUUUUGAUUUUUCAAUAGCUUGUCCGACCGUGUAUAGGCAUUUUACACGCCUUAUCCAUCUUCUUUAGUGAUGUAAAACGUCCCUUUGCUAUUUCUCUAUUUUAAUUACAAUUAUGUGAUGUUCUUUUUACAUGUGUAGAGCUUCAUAUUCUUUUAACCAAUGCGUUCUAUUGCUGUGUAACACAGCCUGAUGAGCUGAGUAAUUUUCUCACGGUAAUAUUACUCAAGUCAACAAUACCUUACAUCUUCUGUUAUUUCUUAAACUUUCAAUAUUUGGACAUGACAAACAGUCAUGAUAAUUUAAGACAAAGAUUAAACAGUUUGGACAUACAUACAAGCCAUCGAUUUUUCCCUUUCUCUCUGUUCAUUCUGUGCAGUAGACAAUAUAAUAACCCGUCCCAGCCAUGCUGCUGAGACUGUUUGCAACCAAACGAUCAAUAGAGAGUUGAAGACCGAUCGAUACUGCCAUGGAUUUGUAAGGUAGCUCCAAGUCCGUCCAAUAUUGGAUUUCUUAUGGUUAGGAGCCUCUAGCAGCCAGUGACUGGCCUUUCGAGUUUGACGUAAUUGAAGCUUUAUAACAUGGAUACUUUGAAAUCAAUCAGGUUAAUACCAAUCCGUGUCGUUUGUGGAAGAACAGGGUAAAAUUAGAACUGGACUGUUAAUACGGAAUACACGCAACAUGGGUUGCUUCCUUGGACGUUAAUCCACGUGAUCUCGCACCUGCUUGUCGCCAUGGUUCGUUGGGACCUAAUCCUGGUUUUCUGUGCCUCGGGCUGUCACAUCUUUCUGGGAGUGUUCAGUGUGUGUCUCGGGGUCAUUCUUAGCAUCCAGGCGGAAGUCUGGCUGGCACACAGCGUGUCACCUAUCUGGAGCGGUGGCAUAUUUUUUAUUACCGGGCUUGUUGGAAUACUCUGUGCCAAAAGAAAGACAUCAUAUGUGAUAAUGUGUUUUAUUGCAAUAGCUGCCGUUUCUAUGGUGACCACGUUCGUAAGUUUCCAACUUCUACGGGUUGGUCUCCAAAAUCACGCCACGGAUGGCAGCACUUUUCAGAAAGAGGUCAAGGACCCUCUGAUCAUUAUCGCCAUGGGAACCGCUGGGGUCGAGUGUCUCAUUUGCAUUCUAUCCAUUCUCCUCAGUUGCCGUGUCGCCAAAAUCGCCAAAGAGGAAAUGUGCCAACAACGAGAGGGAAUGUUCCAUAUUAAGGACAAUGGUUCUCCUUUUACGUUUACAAAUAUCCAGGACAACUUUAGUAGUCUCGAGGAGAGCGGCAUAGACUUGUCCACCGAGGAUCCGGGCGUGGGCGAGCUCGAUCAUCCGUCCGUAUUAUGUACCGGUAGGGGGCAGCACUAUCAAAGCUACGACUCGAGCGCCACCACGUACAUGGAUAGUGGCGGAAGCAGUCCGGCCUCGAUUCCAGUCAUCAAAAUUAAUACCCCAGAAUUGGAGAAUUCAAACUCAGGCUGUGAUUCAAACAAUGGAGUUGACGGCUCCAAUAUUUAUUUAGAAAUCAAGCAGUGAUAACAGUUGUGAUAAGAUUUCUAUUCUUGCAGUAUUAAGUUUGAUGAAAUAAAAUGGUUUUUAAAGAACCAAUGAACACUCGUGUGAUCAAUCAGAACGUUUGGAUUGUAAGACUUACUUUACGAUUGGAAUGUAAUAGUGAAGGCUGUCUAACCCAUUACAAUUCAAUUUGAUUUAAUAUCCUCAUAACGAUCCUAUUGUAAUCUUGGUUCAUUUAGCUGAACCAAUGAACAAGAGGUUUAAAAAAAACUGUUCUAAACGUGGUUUGUUUUUUACCAAACAUGAUCCCGUUGCGAUUUCAAACAGAUGCGAUAAUAUCACUAAGAAAUUUUCAGAUCAUUACAUACCUAAGCUUUUACAAGACAUAUUAAUACUGCAGGGACCAGUGCCACGACUCCAUUACGGAGAACUGUACCGGAACUCUAAUUAAUGGAAUUAAAUUUCUUUGGACUAUUGCUAUCAUUUUCUCUCCUACAAUGCGUUUAAAAUAUGAAAUCUAUCUAUUCUAAGAUGUAGUGAAUAAAGAGUGGAUCAUUUUUGUUUAAAGAAUCUUUCAUAUAAUAUAGCGUCAUUGGUCUUUUUUGAAAAGGACAUUAAUUUGAUCAGCAACUUAAUAUACAAAAUCCCGAAAGUUAUCUAGUUUUAUCGAGGUUUUGUUUUUUUAAUUUUGCUCAAGUUUUGUGUUCUCUAGUUAAAGUCUAAUGGGUAUAUCCUAUUCUCGCUAUAUGAAAAAAAAACUUUUUCAAAAAUGUGGAUAUUUUGUUAUUUGGUGCACGUGUGUUUGCUUAUUAAGUAUUUGUAUUAGUUCCAUUCCAGUAACUAAAGAUUCAGUUUGUCUUGUGUGAGGGAUUUGUAGUGUAUCGGCUGACGUUCCAGACUGAAGAAAGAGUGUUCUAUUGAUUAACACUGUAGACUCGGUAUAACAGGAAGAAUUUAUUAUUUCACCGUCUUAUACCAUUGGCAACUACACUUGUUAUACAUUUAAACAACAAUAAAGAUACAUACCGGGUUAAUA